CAUCCAUCCAUUGCUUCCAUUCCAGCAAUUAAUCUGAUACACAUUAAGCACCCAUUCAACCUUCUCUCACUUCCCACCCCUUAAGCAAUAGAUCUAGAUCUACUAUGCAUUAAGAUCUACAAACCACCACACUCCUCAAAUAAUACCCCACUAAAACAACACCAUCUAACAACACAAACCACCACCUCCCAAAUCCUACACCCAAGUCCGCCAUGCAACCCCCCAACAGCAACCUCCGCGCCUUCAACCUGGCCGUCUCAACCCUCCUAAAAAACCCCUCCAACUUCCUCCCCCACCUCACCAUCCCAACAAUCACCCACUUACCCGAAAACCUCGGCCCAGCAGUCCACCCCAACACCCAAAAGCCACCACCCACAAUCCGGGCCCUCGUCCUCGACAAAGACAACACACUCUGCCACCCGAAAACCACCUCUUUCCCAUCCGAGAUCCUUAAAAAGCUGCACGCGCUACGCACCUCUCCAACGUCCCCCUUCACGGCAGAUAACUCAAUCCUGAUUGUCUCGAACCGCGCGGGGAGUCACCCGCGGUAUGAUGCAGAGGUGCGCGAGCUGGAGAAGGAACUGGGGGAGCUGCGGAUUCCGGUGUUUCGGCUUCCCGAGGGGAGCGAGAAAAAGCCGUUUUGUGGGAGGGAGGUGCUGGAGUGGUUCCGGGAAAGGGGGGUGGUGAGUCGCGCGGAUGAGAUCGCGGUGGUGGGGGAUCGGUUGGGGACGGAUGUGUUGAUGGCGGUGGAGAUGGGGUCGUGGAGUGUUUGGUGUCGGGAUGGUGUGACUGAGGGGGGCAGGGAGAUGAAUUUGUUGGAGAAGAUGGAGGUUUGGGUUGAGAAGUAUUUGAGGGAGUCGAGGGGGUUGAAGGCGCCGGUGCCAAAGGGGUGGCAGGGUCGGUAGGGAGAUUUUUUUCAUUGGAUUAUCCGCUUGAUUUAGAUACGAUACCCCUGUAUACUACUGUUACUAUGUGCGAAUCGAUAGAUUGACACUCUACUAUUUUAUGAAUGUAUUCGCUACGAGCA